AUGGCUGUCACAAAUUUAUCCCAGUUGCUUCAGCACAGUGCUACAGCCUUUCCCAACAAGGGAAUCACCUGUCUCCAGGAUGGUAGAACUUGCCACACGUCCUAUAGCGAUCUGUUCAGUAUUGCAGAGAUCAAUGCGGCCCAGAUUCGAAAGCUCGCAGGGCGCGGCAGUCCAAUAUUCCUGAUUCAUUUCGACAACCAUUGGGACAAUAUUGUCUGGUUCUGGUCCGUGGUUCUCGCAGGAUAUAUUCCAGCAAUGUCUACUCCAUUGGUUUCAGAUGGUGAACAGCGGGAGAAGCAUCUAUUACACCUGCACCGCCUCCUGGAAGAUCCCAUUGUAUUGACGUCAACCCGUCUCCAGAGCGAUCUAGCCACCUCAGAUUCUCAGUUCCAACUCCAAAUUCGACCGAUUGAGAAAUUUGGCGAUGAGAGUUCAGAAUGGAGUGGUACAAGCUCGUCAGUCAUGGGAAGCAGCGACAUUGCCGCUCUCAUGUUGACAUCCGGAAGUACUGGGCACGCGAAAGCUGUAACAUUACGGCAUGGCCAAAUUGUCGCUGCGCUCAAUGGAAAGAGCCAAUAUCAUGAAACGACAUCGGAGGACGUCUUUCUCAGUUGGAUUGGGAUGGACCAUGUCGCCAAUCUUACGGAAAUCCAUCUCCAUGCCAUGCAUCUGGGUGCCGACCAAGUCCAACUUCCCGCAGGAGACGUCAUCAACGAUCCGCUAUUGUUUCUGCAGCAGUGUGCGCAACACCGUGUGUCGUACACCUUCGCUCCAAACUUUUUCUUAGCAACCCUUCUUCGUAGCCUCCAAAAGGGCGAGCAGCUGUCGAGCAUGGAUCUAUCCCGCCUGCGCGCAUUGAUAUCCGGUGGCGAAGCCAACGUUGUCGAGACGUGCGACGAUCUCUCGAAGAUACUGAUGGAUUACGGUGCACCCAGGAGCCUCAUCAGGCCAGGCUUCGGUAUGACAGAAACAUGCGCCGGGUCGAUUUAUGGGAAGAACUGCCCGGAGUAUGACAUCUCGCGAGGGCUGGAAUUCGCAUCUCUUGGUUCUUGUGUUCCUGGCAUGUUUGUCAGAGUGGUGGAGAGCUCCGGCAGGGUACUGAACAGUAGCGAGGUCGGGUAUCUGGAGGUUUCCGGGCCGGUUGUGUUUAGCGGGUAUUACAACAAUUAUUCCGCAACAACCGAAGCUUUUCCGACUAAGGAAUGGUUCCGCACAGGUGAUCUCGCUUUCAUCGACGAUGCAGGCCAGCUCACCAUGACCGGCCGGGCCAAGGACACCGUGAACAUCAACGGCCUGAAGUACCCAAUCCAGGAACUGGAAACAGCAAUUGAGGAGGCUGACAUAAAAGGCCUGACGCCCAGUUACACAGCCAUAUUCCCGCAUCGUGUCAAAGGGUCUUCGACAGAAGCUAUAGUUGUUGUGUAUCUUCCCGAUUACAGCCCUGAGCAUGUGGAAACCAGGGUCAAGGUUGCAAGAAGUGUGUCGCAGUCGUCACUCGGCAAACUUUCGCGGGCUAAACUUCGUCGCGCUUUCGAGGAGGGCAAGUUCAAAGAGAUUGUGGAUAUGAACAAUCGUCUUGUUGCUGAGUACCAGCAGCACUUUUAUACCGCGCCGCGAAACAAAACCGAAGCCAAACUCCUGGACGUAGUGCGAAGCAGUUUGGACAUAGCAGAGAGCAUCAAGAUUGGUAUCGAUACCGAUUUCUCCGACUUGGGUGUGACUUCUGUUGAAAUUCUUAGGCUAAAGUCGCGCAUCGACGUUGCUCUUCGGCUUUCCAAGUCACUGCCCAUUGGCACUCUUUUAGUCAAUCGCACAAUCCGUCAACUUGGAAAGGCGAUUGCCGCGUUGCAAGAAUCGCCGUACGAGCCAAUGACCAUCUUGCAACCAGAUGGCAACAAGACCCCUCUCUGGCUGGUUCAUCCUGGAGUGGGUGAGGUCCUGAUUUUCAUCCAACUCGCACGGUACAUGACAGAUCGUCCAGUGUACGGUCUUCGAGCUCGGGGCCUUGACGGCGAGCAGCCAUUUACCAGCAUCUCUGAAGCCGUUCAGGCUUACCAUGAGUCGAUCCGCCGAACCCAACCGAAAGGCCCAUACGCCAUCGCAGGUUAUUCCUAUGGAUCCAAUCUUGCCUUUGAAGUCGCCAAGCUCAUCGAGGCAGACGGAGAUGAGGUCAAAUUUCUGGGGGCUUUUGAUCAGCCACCGCACCUCGCGGCGCGAUCUCAACAGUUCGACUGGGUGGACUGUGUGCUUUUUGUUUCCUUCUUUCUCGGUCUGAUCACCGAAGAGCAAGCGAAGCACACCCUCGGAUGUCAUUUGAGGAACUUGUCUCGGGAAGAUGCACUGUCGCAUAUUCUUGACAAUGCACCCAAAGAUCGUGUCGACGAAUUGGCCAUCACGAGGAAGAAAUUGGCCGAUUGGGCCGGUGUUGCGUUCCAGCUCAAAGUCAUAGGUCGGGAAUAUGACCCCACUGGUAAAGUAGCGAGGCUCGACUGCUUCUAUGCUGCACCACUACCCGAAGUGGCAUCUACAAUGAAAGAGUGGGAUGCUAUCAUCGCCGAGUGGGCACCCUUUGUGAAGGGCGACGUAGGGUACCAUCGUGUUGACGGUGGACACUACGACAUGAUCACGACUCAUGUGCGCUCUUUCCAGAAACGUUUGAAGCAGGUCCUAGAGGAUCGUGGGGUGUAG